CACCACAGUGUGUAUGUGCUUGCAGAUCUCCACGAUUGACAAGGCAGAAGUCCUCCUACACUCCAGACAUGGUGGAUGAGCUGCGAAAGAGAAACAAACUCUACUUCCUGGACCCUAUCACCAAACUUCGAAAUUUUCAUGGUUUUCCUUGGAAGCUUACUCUCCAGAUUCUCAAGGUUGUUCUAAUAACCGUGCAGAUUGUCAUAUUUGGAGAUCAGAGAGAGAACACAGUGGAGUACUUUGAAAGAAGUGAGCUCACCUACCGACACCUACUAUUGAAAGAUUGGAAUGUGGCCUACGAGACAUUACCGUAUCCCCCAGCGGCAGGACAGUAUGCUGUCUACAAUAUGUCUGAGUUGUUUGAUCACAUGAAUGCUGUCAUGGAGCGGACCGACAAAAGUCCCAAAAACAAAUUCAUGUUAUGGUCACUUGCAGCAAUUCAGCAAUACCCAAUAACUUUAUGCUUCAGGGCUAAUGAUUUUGAAGAAUUUCCCAAUGGCAGUUAUGUGGUAUCAGCUACCGUUAUGCAUAAUUGCACUCAGAUAAAUCCACUGGGUGUAAAUGGUACUCGGUAUGAUAUACAGAGUUACUUGAAAGAACAGAAUUUUACAUUACCUUUCAACAGAACCCUGGACAUAACAAUAACGUUCUUCCUUCGGACCUUCCACUUGAACCUGAUUGAGACACACUAUGGACCAACUUGUUACAAUGUCUCCAUUAAUGUUAUCUAUACCAACAGUGAGCGAAGUGGCCAGUUGCUUGUUGAUCUCAUAGCUAAACCAAAAGAAAUAGAAUGUGAAGGGAAAAUCAUGUCAGAUGAAGCCCAAGACAAACAAGAGACGAUGAAAGCAAAAGUGAUUGCAUUUGAUGCAUUUGUGAUGAUUGUGUGUUGUCUGUCAACAAUUUUGUGCUCACGAUCGUUGCAUCGUUGUAACAUUCUGAGGAGGGACACAGCCGAGUAUUUUAAAGUGCAGAAAGGCAAGCCAUUUAGCUGGUCGGCCCAUUUAGAGUACAUCAACAUGUGGUAUAUCAUCAUCAUCUGCAAUGAUGCUCUAACAAUUGUAGGAACUGCUUUCAAGAUACAGCUGGAGAGUCGAGUAUUCUCCAUUUCAUCCGAGAAUUAUGAAAUCUGCAGCAUUCUACUUGGGCUUGGCGUAUUCCUGACUUAUGUUGGCAUUCUACGGUACCUGGGAUUCUUUAAGUCUUAUAAU